AUGCUCAAAGCUCUCCUGGGCGCAUACUUUUGCGCCAUGUCAAGGGACGCGGUGGUCAAGACCCCGGGGCAGCGCCCCCCGUCCAAGGGCGCUCCAACGGCGUACGUCUUUGCCCUGAAAGACAAGCGGAUCGCGUUCUCGGACGAGACCGAGGAGGGCCAGCAGGUGGACAUGGCGCUCUGUCUGUCGCUCAACGGAGGGGGCGAGACCGUCGCGCGCGCCCUCUACUCCAAGGACGUGGAAUUCACGCUGACCCACACGACCUUCAUCCAGACCAACAACCUCCCCCUCAUCCCCCCGGGCGGCAACCCCGACGGCAACAACGCGCGGCGUCGUAUCAAGGUGCUCAAGUACCCGAACACCUACCUGCCGGCCGACAAGUUCGACGCUACGAACGCCUCACACAGGCCCCUGGUGAUCGGCCUCAAGGAACGGAUGAAAGCACCGGGAGUCAUUGAGCAGCUGAUGUCUCUACUCGCGCGCUUCUCCGUCGAGUAUUAUCGAGAGGGUCUGGGAGAGGAUCCCCCGGAGGUCGUGGAGGCCACCGGAGCUUACUUCGACGAUUGUGACAAGCUGCAGCAGUUCCUGGACAAGCACUGCGAGAUCGGGGCUGGCUUUGAGACUCUGGAGGGCGACUUCUACCUGGAUUAUCGCGCCUUCUCCAAUGAGCCGAUCACGAAGGAGGCGCUCAUGAAUCAGAUGAAGAGCAAGGGCUAUCGGAGGAGUGCCAAGCCCCUGAACCGACCCACAUGCCGAAACUGUGACGUCUGCCCUAAAGCCUCAGCUAUAAAGCGGCAAUACGACC